UCUCCAUCUACUCUCCCGUUCCGCUAUGAGAUUCUUUACCAUAACCGCUUUCGCUGUUUCUCUUUUCGUCUCCUCCAUCUCGGCUGUUGACCUUCGUCGAGAAAUUUACACUUUGAGUGUGUUCUGUGAUGCCUGGAACAAGGAAUGUGCGGCUCAAGCAAAUGCAACCGGGGAUGGUUUUUCGUAUUGCGAAUCCGGUUAUGACGGUGCUGGAACAGCCUCUGCGGACUGCUAUACCUACGACGGCUCAACUACAGUAGAUUAUACUGACUCCGUGAUCAGCAGCUUGAACGCAGUCACGGUCGAUUGAGUCAAGAACGUCUGUAGUGUAUUAUUCGCAUUACUUGAAUUACUUAGAUACGAUAGUAUU